AUGGACAGCAUUGAAGAUAAGAUUGAACAUGUCGACGUUCUCAUCGUGGGAGGCGGACCCGUAGGUCUUAUCAGCGCGUACCAGCUCGCGCUCACUCUCCCUUCUCCCAAAAAGUCAAUCAAGAUUAUUGAGAAGCACCCCAAAUCAGCACAAGACCAGUACGGCCGGGCCAUCACGCUGUUCCCGCGUACCUCGGAGAUGCUAGAUCAGCUGGGUCUCGCCGACCAGCUUGCUCAACACUGCUUUGCCUGCCGCGACACUGUAUCUUAUGACGCAGGCGGUAAUGAAGUGGACGGUCGCGGCUGGGCCUUCAUGGAGCAGAUGAAGGACACUGCGUGGGACUUCUCACUAGUGCUACGCCAGAAGUACCAGGAGGAAAUCUUCCGCAAGGCUCUACGCGAGCUGGACGUUGAGCUGGACGCUCCGGUCACGCUUGUUGGCUUGCAAAUCGACGAGUCCAUUCCACCGAGCGGUUACCGCAUCUCGGCCACGCUGGAACACGGCUCACCGCAGCUGACAACGACAGUCAAGUGCAAGUACUUGAUUGGUGCCGACGGCGGGCGGUCAACUGUGCGGCAGCUGCUUGAUAUCCCCUUCGACGGCAGCUUGACGAACGACCGUUGGGUGCGCAUCGACGGGCACGUUUCGACCAACCUUCCCAAGCCGCGGUCCUACUGCGCUAUCGAGAGUCCCACGCACGGCAACGUUCUCUGGGCAGCGUUAGACCACGGCGCGACGCGCGUUGGCUACGCCUUUACCCCGGAUCGCCAGAAAGGCUACGCUGUCUUUGACGAAGCCGCGGCUGUGGCAGAGGCCAUCGCCGCCGUUAAGCCGUUCGAGUUGUCUUUCACUCGCGUCGACUGGUGGACCAUCUACUCGGUCGGGCAGCGCGUAGCUCGAAGAUUCUUUACUCAUGAGUGCGUGUUCCUGGCGGGGGAUAGCUGCCACACACAUAGCUCGGGGGCGGCCCAGGGAAUGAAUACUGGGAUCCACGACGCCGUCAAUCUGGCUUGGAAACUCUCUCUCGUGCUGCGGCAACUCGCCGAUGCAAAGCUGCUGCAAACUUACGAGACCGAGCGCCGCCCGAACGUCCUGAAGCUUCUUGCCUACGACAAGGACAUCGCCCGCCUCAUGACAAUGCAGCUGCCUGAGGGCUGGACUGGUGAUUCCGCUGCAGAUCCAAACAUCGUUCUUGGGGAGGUCAUGGCAGAAGCCGCGACCUUCAGCUCCGGCUUGGGCAUAUUAUAUGAGCCGGACGGCAUGCUCAAUGUGACUCAAGACCACACGGUGCCAUCUCUUCUCCCCUCGGGCCACCGUGCCCCAGACGUCUCCCUCCGCAAACCAGGUACCCUCGAGCCGACGCGGUUGCACCGUGAGACGCCGAAUCGAGCCGUCUUUUAUAUUCUCGUCUUCGUUGGUGAGGCCUCAUCCUCAACCAUUGCAGCUUAUCACGCUUUCUGCAACGCGCUCGAAGCAUCCACGUUGUUCUUUCCUUCACAGCGAAACAACAAUGAAGUGCCAGUUGCCUACCUCACCAUUCCCAUACAGCCCAGCCCGUCAGUAUGGGAGCUGCUCGGCGGACGCAGUCCUCCAGGCGCUGAGAUGCCCAGUGUCAGCAGCAAGGUCUACUUUGACUCACCGGAAAAGGCGGCUCAUACACGAUACCGUGUCGAUGUGCAACGAGGGGCGGUCUACGUGCUACGGCCGGAUGGGUGGAUCGGGACAGCGUUACACUUGCAUGCGGAAGCGGCAAAGCAACUAGAGGAAUAUUUCAAGGGAUUUAUUAUCCAUUAA